AGCAUAAAAUUUUAGAUUUUUGUUGAUAAACAUGGUAGAUAUUUGCAAUAAUAGAUCAUACGAAUUGCUUAAAAGCAUAACGGUCAGUGAUCAAUUGGUGCAAUUGAAGUUAGAAGAGAUUAAAUAUAUGUUUCGAAAUGAGAUUCGAUCCAAUCGAAAUAUGGAUCGUAUAAAAACUGUCAAAGACCUUAUAGAUUAUCUUGAAAGAAACGAUUCUUUAUCAGAAUGGAAUAUUGAACCUUUAAGAGAAAUUGCUGAUCAUUGUGGCGGCAAUUUAGAGAGGGCAAUAGUUGAUUAUAUUUCGCCGAGAGAUACGCUCACGGGACGCAACAUAUAUCGUGAGCAAAGAUUAUCUGAAGAAUUUAGGAAUAAAUUGGAGAUAAACAAUGGCAAUUUGGAACAGACAGGGCAGGCUGCAGCCACAAAUUGCCAUGAUAAGCUUAUAAAAUGUUACACGCAGCAUGAUGCCAGUUCAUUUGAAAAAAAAAGAACAGCCAUUUUCAAAUUAAUUACCAGCAACAUAGGACAUUCUUGGCGUAGUUUAGGACGAGAACUUGAUAUACCUCAAGGCACAAUGGACGCAAUCGAAGUUCAAUACCCGCGCGAUCUGAACUGUCGGGUACAGGAAAUGCUAAAAACCUUCGAAGAGGAUGUGGUUCACGAUCCAAACAGACGAGCACUUCAGCUUUGUCGAGCUUUGGAAGCCUGCCGUCGAAAGGAUUUACGGAGAAAAGUGGAAGACAUCAUGUCCUAUUUAUAAGUUAUUUAUAUAACUUAUAAAUGAAUUUACCCAAAUCCAUUCAAAAUAAUCUUUUUGUAUUUUAUUAAUUUACAAACAAAUGCUUUUGCAAGUUGUGUGGUGAUUAUUUAAUAUAUAUAUGUUAUAGUUUUUCUUGUGUUUGGGGGCCAAAGCGUGUGUAUAUGGUGUGAAUUUUCAAAAUAAUAAACAAAAAGAAUACUUCUCUUGGAUUUCUCGAUUUAUGUGUUAAAAGUACAAUAAUGAUGUUAGUCUUGUAUUGAAAA